AUGGAGUCCAUGAUUGCUGGAGACGUAGCAGAGCUGAAGGACAACCAGGGAGGAAUUAAUGAUGACCUCAUCGUCACCAAGACAGAUCAUGGCUACCUCUACGUGGUGUCCAACGCUGGCUGUGCAGACAAGGACUCCGCCAACAUGAAGGCUAGAAUGGCCGAGUUUAAAGCUGCUGGCCAUGAUGUGGAUCUGGAGUUUCUGGAGGAACGUUUGAUUGAUGUUCAAGGGAAGUUCUCUUAUGGCAACAGUCCCUCCAUGGCCCAGGUGCUCCAGUCGGGUCUGACAGAUGACCUCAGCAAGCUGACCUUCAUGACCAGCACCUUGGCCACAGUGUUUGGGAUCCAGGGCUGCAGGCUGACCCGCUGUGGCUACACCGGAGAGGAUGGAGUGGAGAUCUCAGUGCCUAAGUCUGGCGUGGUGGCCCUGACUGAGCACCUGUUGGCCAACAGUGAGGUCAAGCUGACCGGACUGGGAGCGCGAGACAGUCUGAGGCUGGAGGCAGGCCUCUGUCUCUAUGGCAACAACAUCGAUGAGACUACUACCCCUGUGGAGGCAACCCUGUUGUGGACUAAAGGAAAGCGGCUGCGUCAGGCGAAGGGUUUCCCCGGUGCGGAGAUCAUACUCCCCCAGAUAAAGGCGAAGACAGCGAGGAAGCGUGUGGGCCUGAUGUCCACGGGACCCCCUGUCAGACAGCACACCCCCAACCUCAGCCCAGAGGGAAAGGUCAUAGGUGAGGUCACCAGUGGUUGCCCCUCCUCCUGCCUGAAGCAGAACAUUGCCAUGGGUUACGUGGAUGCGCCAUACGCCAAGAAUGGAACUCCCAUUCAGGUGGAGGUGAGGAAGAAGGGAGUGAAGGCGGUGGUCACCAAGAUGACCUUUAUGCCUACAAACUACUACUCUGGCCAGUAGAUCUGUCUCUCAAUGGACAGCCAGCUUAUGCGAUCAGCCUGCGUGCCAGUGGACAGUGACCUGACUAGACAGAUCUUCUCCCACUGACCACCAGAGAUCAGUCUAUCAGUCUAUCAGAGCAAUGCUGCCCCCUUGUGUUUACCUCGAGCAGUGACACUCAAACCUGAAGGACUGCAAGGCUUCUUUAGCAACAGAGAACGGGUUAUGAGUGUGUGUGUGUGUGUGUGUGUGUGUGUGUGGCCUUGCCUGCAGCCACAACUCAACACAACUAUAAACACAGCUGAACCUUUGAUGAUGAGGCUUUUCACUCCUGUUAUCUGAAGCGUGUUAAUGGUCCUCAGACCACAGUGAGUUGUAUGAAUGAGCCAUACGGUUGGAAGGACAGGACAGGGAAAUCGCUGACUCACUGACUGGUCCUCAAAAGCAGCAUAACGUGAUAUGUAAACCAAGAGACAAAGCAGGAUGUCGCUUGAACAGGACUAGUGUGCAAAACUUGUUUUCUUCUUUCUAAUACUAAUUAGAUGUUGAAUUUAAACGUGCAUUUUGCAGGCUUCAUGACCCAAUGACGUGUGUGUUGCAUAAAUGUUCACUAAUUACUAACUUAAUACUAUAUAUCAACAGGACCAAACUCUCCAUAUGAUUCCAAAUUGUAUUAUAUGUCAUUAGGCUUGUACAGUGAUCUUAGUUGUUACAUUCCCAACAAACUGAAACGUAACAAUACAAUACACGGUGUGUAGUGGAGGGUAAACGCAAGUAAACGCAGCUCAUCCCCUUCUUUUCCCAUCAACAAAUUAUCCGCCUUUUUACGAAAAAAUUCAUUGAAGGUAAAAGAGACCUUUACUUUUUUUCACAGGGACCGGCGAUCAGUUUACACACCUAUUUUUUUCACUGAUGAUCACUGAUGAUCACUAAUGAUAUGCAGUAACAUGGCCAAAAAUCUUACAAGAAAGCUUUAGAAACUAGAAGUGGGACUAUUGUAAAGUAACUUAGAGAGGUGCUCGUGGUCUUGCAUCUCCACAGUACUACUGAAAUAUGGUCUCAUUGUUUUGGGACGUGUGAAGGCCUUCAUUUGAAUAGCUAGGUAAUUAUGUCGUUUUCGUAUCUAGCACCCUUAUAUUUUCCUUGUAAUAUAGGGUGUGAUUCACAAUAUAAUAUACACAAUAUACACAUUUCCCUUUGUUGUGGAAUGCCUUAACAUUUGUAGAAAUUGCUUUGCAUUUUUGGAGGUCACUAUUUUCAUGUCAUCAUAUGACUCCACUAGAUCGAAGUUAAAUAUGAUCUUUCACUGAUCUCAUUUGCUAAAAUGUGCUCAUUAACUGCGAGUACGAUUGCCAUAUUUGUAUGGACUAUAUUCACUGUUUAUUCAUGCAUUAGUCAGUGGAGAUUGAUUAAUGCACUGAGAUUGUGUUGUUUAUAAAUUAUUCUAUAAAUAAUUAAACACGAUAAAAGGCACAAAAUAAACCAAUAAAUUAGUUUCAA